CGUAGCUCAGCAUCACUCGGAAUUAAUUGGCUAGAAGUGCAUAAGUUCCCGCGACUUGCUAGGCAUUUUUAUCCAAUGCCUUGGAGGAUCCCCUCAUUUGGCUUUCUGUUGCACAGCCACUUUGGAGGUUGAAACUAAACACAGAAGUCAGCAGGCCUCCAACGGAAUCGGGUGAGUGAUAUUCUCAGAAGUUCCGGCCAGUUUGAUCUGAGGAGACUAUAUUCAUCUGUUUAAAGCCUUGCAAGAGGAUUCCAGGCCUGGAAUGGAUCCUCUUAGCAUCACUAGCGCCUCAGUCGCGCUGGCCGCUGCUGUCUACAAAUGCGCGAUUGAAGUCAAAAAGAUAGUUGGCACAAUCGCCGACGCGGCCAACUCGCUCUCGGAUUUAGCUGAAGAAGUUCAAUUAAUUCAGGGAGCACUGCAGGGUGUCGAGGACGCCUUGCAGGACAAUCAAGAAGCAAUCUCGCGAUACAAGGUUGAAGAGGUUUUCUCAAUUGCAGUCAAGGGCUGCCGCGCGACUUUGGCGUGCAUCAAGCAGGAGUUUGAGCUGCUUUUUAAUCGGAGUGACUGGAAAGCUCGAUUUAUGGUGUUAUGGAAGGAAGACGAUAUGAAAAAGCUGCUCGGACGCCUUGAUCGCAAACGAGAAAGUAUCCUGCUGUUGCUUCAACUUCUGAGCCUGAGCUCGGUACGAGAGGUUCAGGCGCUGGUCGCCAAGAAACAGAGUGCUUUAACAGUUGCGAAAGAGGACAUAACGGCUCUCAUACCGACCUACUGGAGUUGCCGUGAUACGAUCCUUGACUCUCUUGACAAGGAAACAGUUGAUAGCAUCUAUGCGGACUGGGAAAACCAAGAGAGCAAGCUGAGUACAACCGAGUUUGACUUCGACUACGAAUUCUUCAACACACGGGCCUAUCGUCGAGCUCUUGCUCAAGCACAAGCCAAACGCAGUCGACAGCUACCACCUCGGAAAGAGCUUGACACCCCCGCCCGGGAAUCUAACGGUGGGAUAAUGGAGCCAGUUGAGGAUCUCAUUGACUUGAGCUGUGAGCCGAGUCAACAAACUACUUCGAUGCCGUCACAUAUGCCCUCCCAGUCCUAUACGGGCCUAGCAGGUCUGCAGUUCAUGCCGACAACUGCGCACGAUGCGAUGACUGAAAUAAGUCAAACCGAAACUCAACAGGAAGGGAUGGUGACGAAUGAACUGCUAAAAACGAUGAAUCCGAAUAGCAGCAGCUUGCCCGCUGGCUCUUCAAGGCCGUAUAACCUACCUUCUGACGGCACUCCAGCCACUAUCUCUACACUCGGGAACAUGGCUACUAAGUCACAGACCUCCUUACUCAUAGAGUACUUUGAAGGUGGAAAAGGCCAGAGGGGUCCCAGCAGUAAGUGCCGUCCUGGGAUUCGCGUACGCCUAACGCCUAGUAAGAGGAAGGGGGUUUACACAAAACACCAUCCUGAGGUCACAGAAACCAGCCGUAUUGACCCCUCUUCUGGCAUACCUUCGGAUGAGCUGCUCGACAAUAGCCCUAUGGGGAGUUCCAACCCCCCAAACAUCGGAGAUUCGAGUCUCCAAAGAAACCCAAUCGAUAUUGAAAUCGAUCACAGCCAUAGACGACGACGGCCGGCAACCAAGAAGAACGUGAACGAUUCAAAAUAUCAAUCUUAUGAUUCAGGAUAUAUACCCGACGAUGACAUGAGGCCCCCGAGUCGAAACAUUGCCAGAAGGUCACGCCCCAAACAGAGUCGGCGCAGCCAGAGCACCGAAGCCAACGCAGGGUCACCGCGGACUAUAAACAACCCCAAGCUUCUGAAAACUGUCAAUCAUGCUAUAAGAACGCUGAUUCUACCUGAACUCAAUGCACUGAAGUGUGAACAAGCACAACGUGGGCGCCGAUAUACAUCAUUCACUGAAGCGGAUGCAUCGCCAGUUCGCCUUACAUCGGCUCUUGCUGAUGGUCCGGAGGCAAAUGAAAAAGAGCAAGAGAAAUGA